GAAGCCAAGGGAGAGAAAGUUGUCGUUGUGGCGAACAUCGUCGACGAAGCGCCUUCGAAGCUCGCGGUUGCGGGCAGCCCCGAGCUUGCCGCGCUCAACAACGGUCUCACAAACGAGGCGAACGCGCUCAAGGGAGCGGCGACGCUUCUCUUUUGCCUUUCGCUCUUCCAGGUCUUCACCCUGCACGGUGCGCGGGCGCGGGGGGGGGGCUGUACUGCGCACGGGCCAUCUCGGCCUCGUACUGGCGCACGACCCCAUGACGCGCUUGGCCGCCACCAGUGUUGCGCACGUUCUGGCGGGCCUGCGGGGCCGGAGGCCUCCUCUCCGCCCGUCUCUAGGCUUCCUCGGCCUGGUCGCGUCUGCGCUCGUGCUGCUCUACUCCGAGCGCUCCCCCCUCGGCACCGCCCACGCCGCCCGCUUCACCCACUCCCUCUCCGU